AUGACAGCGCCGGACUCAAAGUACGUCCGAUUCCGGGCAUACUUACUGUCCAAAAUCCGCGUGCGUAGUCCACUUGGGCGAGAAAUCCUGUCCGAAUUCAUCGGCACCUUCUUCUUGGUGACGUUUGCGGUAGCCUCUGGUGCCCAGUAUGUGUUGAGCAGGCAGGAGUUGAGCAGUUUUCUGACGGUGAAUUUGGCCGGAGGCGUAGGACUCACGUUCGCCGUGUACUGGUCAUGUGGGCCAUCAGGCGCCGUGCUGAAUCCGUCCGUCACGUUAGCUUUCUGCAUAGAGGGGAGAAUACCCUGGUGGAAAUACCCGUUCUACGCCAUAACUCAGGUCUGCGCAGCCUUUGUCGCCGCUGCCAUACAGUUCGGGGUUUACCAUGAUGCCAUCAACCACUAUGACGGCGGUGUUCGGCAGACGUACGGACCCCAGGCCACGGCCGGAAUCUUCUCCACAUUCCCCCAGGAUUACGUCUCCACCACAAACUGCUUCUUUGACCAGGUAUUUGGAACAUUCAUUUUGGCUGGGUGUAUCCUGGCGAUGACAGACAAGCGACAUAUGUUUCCUUCAAAAGGUCUGUUACCCAUUGCUUUGGGCCUGAUCGUCUUUGCGAUUGGCACAUCUUUCGCACUCAACUGUGGUUACGCCAUCAACCCAGCCCGGGAUUUCGGACCUCGCCUCUUCACGGUCGUGGCGGGAUGGGGGAUAGAACCAAUCAGUUACCGGAAUUAUAACUGGUUCUGGGUGCCGAUCGUGGGUCCCCUAGUUGGCGCCACUGUCGCCUGUUUUGUGUACAACAUCUUCAUCCAAGCCCACUGGCCACCGGAAGAUGAGGAUGAGAAUGAUCCUGUGGACGACGUGGAACAGGGCAAGUCCAUGAAUAGGCUCAGCACGAUCUCCACCGUUGAUAACGGAGCGGCUCUGGAGGGCUUGGACAAUAAGGGUUUCUCUGAAGAGCGUUUCCGAGGUCACCGCCGGGAUCCCGUGAAGACGUCCAGGUUAUGACAUCCAGGCUCAACCAAUCAAAACUAGCCGAUCUCGACACGUGCCGAAAACUGGAAGGCGCAGGCAGCCUCAUGACUGACAUCAUGACAGUUAAAACCUUUAGUUCCGGCCCUACCCUUAGCUAUAAUUAAGUGCAGGAAGGAUUGUAUCGAGAGGGUUUGAAAUCCACAUACAGACAAUUUCCGAGAGAUUGACCCUUUGCAGCCAGAAUUUUCAGCACGUUUCUGUGCAUGAAACUUAUAUCCUUUGCAGUGGUUACAAUACUUGUACGUGUAUGUGUUCCAGUAUCAGGUCACACACCCUAGGAGGGCGGUCAGCUCACCUCAGUGCAAUGGGGUGCUCAUGCCAUUUACAGCGGUUAUAAUGCAUGUACAUGUAUAUGUUAGAGUACCAGUUCACACACCCUAGGAGGGCGGUCAGCUCACCUCAGUGCAAUGGGGUACUCAUGCCAUUUACAGCGGUUAUAAUGCAUGUACAUGUAUAUGUUAGAGUACCGGUUCACACACCCUAGGAGGGCGGUCAGCUCACCUCAGUGCAAUGGGGUACUCAUGCCAUUUACAGCGGUUAUAAUGCAUGUACAUGUAUAUGCUAGAGUACCAGUUCACACACCCUAGGAGGGCGGUCAGCUCACCUCAGUGCAAUGGGGUACUCAUGCCAUUUACAGCGGUUAUAAUGCAUGUACAUGUAUGUUAGAGUACCGGUUCACACACCUUAGGAGGGCGGUCAGCUCACCUCAGUGCAAUGGGGGUACUCAUGCCAUUUACAGCGGUUAUAAUGCAUGUACAUGUAUAUGUUAGAGUACCGGUUCACACACCUUAGGAGGGCGGUGAGCUCACCUCAUUGAAAUGGGGUACUCAUGUAAAAAACGUCCCAGGACUCUUCUGAGCUUUCCUCAGUUCUCACUCAGGUAUCCUCUACCAGCCUGUGUCAGUCAUGCAUGUUUUCUAUAUAGAUGACGCUGAUCGUUUUAAGGCACACCAGUACACAAAGAGAUUUACUGGUAUAAGAAAGCGUGCACACCAGAGUAGAGAAACAUUUGUAGGUGUUAUUAUGAUAUCAAUACUAGUAUUCAUUUCAAUCACGCAGAAAACUGGGCUUUUGCAAGGUAUUGUCAUUGACAGACUGGUGUCUCAAUGGACACAUAUUAUACCUCUAGAAAUGCCAAGUUUAUUACUUAGCGUAGAAUUCAGGUGUUAUGUUAUCAUUUUAUAUAUUAUUUGUUUACUGAGUACAUUAAAUGUAUAUGGAAUUAAAAGCACUGCUACGUGUAAUUGCUAUUAUUCUAAACACCCAUUUUCCUUUUUGUGUGAGCUAUGCACAUUAAACAUGUCUUGUUAUACGUCUGUACAGGGGCCUCCUUGGCUCAGUUGAGUUCUAAUGUUAGAAAAACACAGUUCUCUUGUUUGUUUUACCAAUCGAAGAAACUAAUGUAUUAGUUAAAUUCUUUCUGCUUGUUUUCUAGUCCAGAUAUUGUACAAAGAUAUCGGGACUGUAUGGAAGAACUGCAAGGGUAUGCCAGACCAUUCCACUGACUUCCUUCAUUCGGCUCUAAUGUACAAUUUACGAACCUGCUUGUGUGACACAUGAUUGUGCUUUAGCUGCAAUGCUCCACAUCUCUGGUUUUCAGUUAAGGGGCAUGAUGGUCUAUGCGUUAAAAAUAAAUA